CCAUCUUCCUUCCUUUUUGGUGUCCCCCUCAGCAAUCACUGAGAGAUACUCCGUACAUUAAACAAGAAAGAGAUCGCCCUAAAGUCAAACUACACGCCUGGGUGGAAUAUCAAAUCAAUUGAAUAGUAAAGCAAGCAAUUCACUGAUGGCGAAUAUAUAUAUGUCCUUGAGGCCUGCCGUCCGGUGUCACCUCCGCCGCGAGACUCUCUCAGCUCCGCCGUAAGUUUUCAGUCCUCCUUCGGUUCGGACGUCCGGUUUUCCAAGAUCAUACAUUGUUGGAAUCAAGAACAAGCAUUAGCCACUGGUGAAAUUCCAGCAACUUCAUAUGGCUGAGAACAUGAAUAAUAGUGUUUCAAAUGCGUCACAGCAUGAGAAAUGUGGAACUCAUUGGCUUUUCCAUGGCAAAACUGCGCUUGACAAUGGUCUGCGUGCCUUCCUCUAUUUCGUGGCUCUUUUCUAUUGUUUCGUUGGCUUGUCGGCCAUCACCUCUCGGUUUUUUCGGUCCAUGGAAACUGUCGUGAAGCACAGCCGUACAGUGGUGGAGACCGAUCCUCGUACAAACACCCGAGUUGUCAAGAAGGAGAAGGUCUGGAAUUACACAAUUGCCGACAUCACGCUGCUGGCCUUUGGGACUAGCUUUCCCCAGAUUUCUUUAGCUACUAUAGAUGCAAUACAAAAUCUUGGAAAAUUACAUGCUGGAGGUUUGGGUCCUGGAACACUUGUUGGUUCUGCAGCAUUUGAUCUGUUUCCUAUACACGCGGUUUGUGUUGUGGUUCCUAAAGCCGGCGAAUUCAAAAAGAUAUCAGAUCUCGGGGUUUGGAUUGUAGAACUUUUUUGGUCUUUCUGGGCUUACAUUUGGCUCUACAUCAUUCUAGAGGUUAAUGAACACAAUUUUUUCUUUGAAAAAUUGUUUCAAGUUUGUACACCUUCUGCUAUUUUUUGCAGGUAUGGACUCCAAAUGUGGUCACAUUGCGGGAGUCUUUGUUGACGGUUCUCCAGUUUGGGUUGUUGCUUGUACACGCGUAUGCGCAAGACAAGCGUUGGCCAUAUUUGUCCCUCCCACUGAAAAGAUCAGAGAGGCCCGAGGAGUGGGCUCCUGCAGAGGAUGCCACACAUGGACUUACCGUUCGCGGAGAAUGCCUUGAAACACAAUGUGACGGCGAUGAAGAAAGUCAUGUUUAUCAAAUAUUGCCUGGUGCAGAUGUUGUCGAAUCAUUUGCAGACCACCUCAACAAAACAACUGUCAAAGAAGCUGAUAUAUUCUCAAUAUGGAAGCAACAAUUUGUUAACGCACUCAUUGUACCGUUCUUCAUCUUCUCUCUUAACCCAUCGUGCUCCAAAAUUCUAUGAAAACACAAACUUGAGCCCCAAGUCUUUAAGUCUCCUUGCUCUUGAUCAUUUCCAUUUUCAUUUGGUACAUAUAUGUCUUUCAAAUAUGGAGCAGUUGCAAGACGCCGAAUCCAGAAAACUGAACGGCAUGUGCAUUCGGACCACACGUAUUUUCUGGAAAUUACUUGUAGCACCAUGGAGGCUUCUCUUUGCAUCUGUACCUCCCUAUCAGAUUGCCAAUGGCUGGCCUGCCUUCAUAUGCUCUUUGAUCUUCAUCAGUGGGAUAGCUUACGGCGUCACACAGCUCACAGACCUAAUAUCCUGUGUUACAGGAAUAAGUCCUUUUGUCAUUGCAUUCACAGCAUUGGCAGCUGGGACUUCGUGGCCUGAUCUAGUCGCGAGCAAGAUUGCUGCAGAACGCCAGCUUACCGCCGAUUCGGCCAUCGCUAACAUCACUUGCAGCAAUUCGGUGAACAUCUAUAUAGGCAUUGGGGUUCCAUGGCUGAUAGACACACUGUACAACUUUGUCGUGUUCAAGGAGCCAUUGCGGAUACAAAACGCAAAGGGGUUGAGCUUCUCUUUGCUCAUCUUUUUUGCCACUUCGGUUGGGUGCAUCGGUGUGUUGGUUUUCAGGCGAGUGACUUUGGGUGCCGAGCUUGGCGGUCCCAGAUUGUGGGCAUGGGUUACCUCUGUGUAUUUUGUGUUCCUCUGGCUUGUCUUUGUGGUCUUGUCUUCGCUUAAAGUCUCUGCCAUCAUAUAAGACAUUGUUCCAAUGCUUAUAGUUAAUGGUUUAUGGCAACCAAACAUAGUAUAUACUCCGUACAGAAAUAGUAUGAUGAAUGUAAAGUGUAAACAUUGCCAUGUACAAUAUAAUACGAUUUGGUCU